CGUCGUUGACAAAAUUUUCUUUUUUGGCAUGAACAAUAUUUUUGAAAAAAAAAAUCUAGAUGAUUGCGCAAUAUUUUGCAAAACUUUGGCCCAAGUCCUUAAAAAGCACAAAAUUUAUUGCAUAAAAUGAGUCGCGGUCAGUAUGCUCCCAGUAGCAUUUAUACACGCCGCCAGUCUACGGAUGUCUUUUACAACGACCCAUUCAAAAUUCAAUCGUAUAACUUUCGCUACGCUGAUCGACCCGUAUAUCACGUUCAGCAAUACCAACGACCAGAGCCGCCGCAAUCGAAGCCUCUCACCUUCGAGACCUAUUACCAGAAUCCAAAGUUCAUCACCAGGUGUCAAGAGCCCAAGGCUGCUCCGGCGACGAGUGCCUUCGCUGAGAACAGGCGUCGCAGGUUUUUGAAUGAUUUCAAAUGCAUUUCCUCGUUGCCGAACAAAGUUAACAAUGUAAUGGUGUCCACUGAGCCGCGAAAGGAUAUAUCACUGACUCGUCGCCAGCUCGCUAGCAGUCCGCCCGCUGCGGUCUCUAACUUCCCACUGUUGCGCACCUGCUGCAAUCGAGACGAAUAUCAGACGAUGCGGCGUGGCCAGAGCUUUACCACAAUAAGGCAGAGCACCGCUAACUCAAAUGUGAACCGCAGAUGUGGCAGAAGUGCCUCCGUGUGCACUUUAAAGGAGCCAGAGAAAAAAUACUCAACGUGCACUUUUAAGGUGUCGCCGAGGCGCAGCGCCAGCAAUUGUAGCGGUUGUGCGAUCAACAUUAAUAUAAAUGGACUGGAAUCUGAGGCAGAGCUGGAUAAGAGUUUGCGAAUCAAGAUUGAAACAGAUGCCUGUCUGCACAACAAUACGGACAAUUAUAAGGUACAUAAAUCGACAGCGCGCAUCGGCAGCUCAGAUAGUUUUGUCAUUGACAAGCGUCUGUCCAAGUUUAGUUUACCCGAAGCCCGGGCCCAGACUAAUUCGUUGCGCAAGGCGAAUUGUGAACAAGAUCUUUUGAUAGCCAAACGGCUGCAAGUGCAUAUGGAGCGAAAACGUAUGGAACAGAUGUGUCAGCAGGAGCUACAAAAAGAACACCAGCGUAUGCGGCAACGUGAUCAGGAACGCGAGCGUUUCAGGCAGCUGGAAAGACAGCGCGAUCAUGAAAGGCUGCUGGAGAUAGAGGCGGAGCGGGAAAGGCAUAGGCUACGUGGGCUAGAGCGGGAAGCACAGCGAAAAAGAGAGUACGAACGUGUACGUUGCUACCAGGAGCAGUUGUGGCAGGACAGACAAAUGCGUCUGCCAAUGCGUGCCACGUCGUUGCCAACGUCAGUUGCAUCACCUGUAAUUAUGACAUCACAUCUAUAUAGGCCAGCUUCGACUGAUCGUCUGCCAGGCAUGGUGCCCUGCUAUGUCCAUCAGUCCGCGGCUAGUGCCAGCACGCAGACGGCACGAGCCGAGCGCUUGCAAAACUGCACUCGGAAUCUGACAACGUUGCGUUGCCUUAAGCCGCAAAUAAGUCCACAGCCGGAGCGGACGCAGUAUGAUCCACCACCAGCCAGGACACUGGAACGCCGCAGCUCGGGUAGCUCUAAUUACAAUGCCAGUGUGCUCGGGAGUGCCAGCAACGCCAGUCUACAGCAACGACGUCUGUCCGCCACUCGCCUGAAUGAGCGUAAAUUACUGAAUCUUCACGUGAACGGCAUGCCCGUCAGCUCAAGCCAGCCCAUACACACGCGCAUAAACAACAUGCCCAUACGCAUUACCACAUCGCAGCCGGUGGGUGAGGACACGGAGUUCUCAUUAAAUAGGGUGCGAGUCCGCAAUGCCUCGCCCGCAGCAUGCCCAGUUCACGAGAGGAGGCGCAGCUGCAGCAGCGAUGGUUACCGCAACGAAGAGUCAGCUUCCAUGCCCUAUAAUGUCAGCAUCAAUGUCUAUACGGAUAAUUUGCGCACGAUGCGCUUAUAAAUUGCAAAACCAAAUAUUUGCGGCUGAUAUAACGUCAGGAUAACUGUCAUGCGACUGAUGAUUAUAGCUUCAUUAUUCAGUUAUUUGAACGCUGUACCAGCCUCAAAUAUUUUCAUAUACAUUUUUGGAUUCGUGCUCAAUAUUGCGUCUGCCGUCUUAUGUCAAUUCCAAACUUUUCGCGUCCUAUUCGCUAGUAUUAUUAUUAUUUUAAUAUAACAUACAUUUACCUUAAAUACAAA